ACUAAUGUUGCAACUAAAUGCGCCAGAUCUGAUAGAGAAUGGGUUAAAAUCCAAAAUUGCCCAUUCAUAUUCCAUAAUAGCCCUCACCAUAUUCACGGCCCUCAGCUGUGUCUUGGGAAAUGACUCACCACCGACCUCCUUGCUCAAUCCGAGCACAUUGUUGUGACUCCAUUUUCUAAUCAGUUCCUCAUUGCCGGUAUCGGUCCUCCCCGAUUUGCUUGAAAAGAAAACGGCCACGGCGAGUUUGGAGCAAAAACGGCGGGUAAACCCAAUUUGAUUUCUCUCUAAGCCAAUACCCUAAAUCUUAGUGAGAGAAGAGUGAAAAUUUCAGAGACAGAUAAAGAAGAAAGAAUUAAAUUCAAACCCAAAUCUUAAAGAGAGAGGCGGCUGUGCUAGCGACUAUUAGAGUCGCGAUUCCGGUGGCCAAUGAACGGCGGUGAUGUGUGGCAAGAAGCGGCGCCGUAGCGGCUGUUCAAAGUCCUCAACGUUUUCAAAACGGUUAGGGAUUUGAGUCCUUGACGAACGGUUAGGGACUGACUACCUUCCAGACCCUUGUUUGUUGGUUUACCUCUUUUUUCUUUUCUUUUAUUUUGUAUUCUAUUUUUUUUUUCUUCUUUGUACUCUUGAUUUGUUGAUAUGAUGUUGGUAUUUGAGUGUUUGAUGAAUUGAUGUUAUGAAUUGGGUUGGACUCUGUUGAGAGAGAGGGAGAAGAGAGAGAGAGGUGAGUCUGUUUGGGGUCAAUUAUGCCUACUGCUAGGAAGGUUUAUGGGCUUUUACCGAGAGGGCACUGACUGAUGGUGUUGAAGGUGCUGUCCACCGGUGGGUCACUGAUAACAAGGGUGGUCUCUGUUUUGUCCGCCGUUGAUGAAGAUGGUGGUGUGUGGAUUAUCCGCACGCGACCCCUAAAUUAAUUGCACAUUUUCCAUGCUGGCACAACACCUGCUUUGGGAGUAUAUUUAAUUUAGUCGUGUAAAAAGUGGGAAAGGAAGACUUUGAGGACUUCUGAUCUGAUUUGCUCUUGUUUGCCUCGGCCAACCCAAGAACUAUCUAUGGGUUUCUGAAUUAAUAUCGAAUAAAAGACAGAUAAACACAAACCCCAUGAUGUGAAACAUGAGUGAAUCAUCAAAGAAUUAUGGCUUUACCAUAAUUCUUUUCUUAUGUUCUAUUUUUUCCGUGUUGACGGUAAUCUUUGAUGCAGUAGAAUUAGACACCAUAACUACAACUCAAUCUCUUACUGAUGGACAGACCAUGGUCUCUUCAGAUAGAACAUUUGAACUGGGAUUUUUCAGCCCCUCAGGUAGUAGUUCCAGGAAUCGAUACUUGGGAAUAUGGUACAAGAAAAUAUCUGAUGGGACUGUGGUAUGGGUUGCCAACAGAGAUACUCCACUUACUGAUACAUCAGGAGGAGGUGUCUUAAAGCUCGCUGAUGGAGGAAUUCUCGUGCUUAUCAAUAGUACAAGCAACAUCUUCUGGUCUUCUUCAAAUUCAUUAUCAAAUAACAACAAAGUGAACCCAGUUGCACAGCUUUUGGAUUCGGGUAAUUUUGUUGUCAGAGAUUCAAAUGAUGAGAAUUUCCUAUGGAAGAGUUUUGAUUAUCCAUGUGACACUUUGUUGCCGGGCAUGAAGCUUGGAAAGAACCUAGUGACUGGAAUUGAUCGGCGUCUAUGGUCAGGGAAGUCCAGUGAUGACCCUUCUAAGGGUGAGUAUUCUCAUGGACUUGAUCUUCGUGGAUUCCCAGAAUUAGUCCUCCGGAAAGGUUCGAUUGAGCAAUACCGUUCUGGUCCAUGGAAUGGUGUCUCCUUUAGUGGGUCGGUGGGUUUAAAACCAAACAGCAUCUACACAUACCAUUUUGUUGUUGAUCAACAGGAGGUGUAUUAUGAAUAUAUGCUUGUUAAUAGCUCAGUUUUCUCACGGUCGGUUUUGAAUCAGCAUGGAAUUAUACAACGCUUGACAUGGAAUUAUAAAAUACAGGAUUGGACAGUUUAUGGGAAUACACCAGCAGAUAACUGUGAUUUCUAUGGGCUGUGUCAGGCCUAUGGUAGCUGCAGCAUUGGUAACUCCCCAGUAUGUGGCUGUCUUGAUAAAUUUAUACCAAGAUACCCAAAAGAUUGGGAUACAGCAGAUUGGUCAGGUGGGUGUGUUCGAAGAACGCCCUUGGAUUGCCACAAUGGAUCAUUAAAUGGAUUUCUCAAGUAUUCCGGUGUUAAAUUGCCUGACACACGGAAUUCCUGGUUUAAUAGGAGCAUGACACUCAAGGAAUGCGAGACGGUAUGCUUGAGAAACUGUUCUUGUAUGGCUUAUGCCAAUAUAGACAUAAGAGGAGGAGGAAGUGGCUGCUUGCUCUGGUUUGAUGACCUGAUUGAUAUUAGGGAAAUCCCUGAAAGUGGGCAAGAUAUUUAUAUAAGAAUGGCCUCCUCUGAGUUAGAGAGUCCAGAGACGCAUAGCAGCUCCCAUGUAAAGAGACGAUUGAAGAUUAUAGUCCUUCCUAUAUUACUUACAGCAUUGGUACUCCUAGGCCUAUUCCUUCUCUUGUAUUUCUUAAGGAGGAGGAAUCUGAAGAGAGAAGGUAUGGAAACUAAGAGUGAAGACAUCGAGUUACCAAUUUUUGAUCUGGAGACUAUUGCAAAUGCCACUAAGAACUUCUCUUCCACAAAUAUGAUCGGAGGGGGUGGUUUUGGUCCUGUUUAUAAGGGUAAGCUAAAAACGGGACAAGAAAUAGCAGUCAAGAGGCUUUCAAAUAAUUCUGGACAAGGUCUACAAGAGUUCAAAAAUGAAGUUAUGUUGAUAUCCAAACUUCAACACCGGAAUCUUGUUAGGCUAUUGGGCUAUUGCGUUGAAGGAGAAGAGAGGAUGCUAAUAUACGAGUACAUGCCGAACAAAAGCUUGGACUAUUUUAUUUUUGAUCAGAAUAGAAGACUAGAACUUCCAUGGCAAAAGCGAUUUGAAAUUGCUAUGGGAAUAUCAAGGGGACUUCUCUACCUUCACCAGGACUCAAGAUUAAAAAUCAUUCAUAGAGAUCUCAAAGCCAGCAACAUUUUACUAGAUGAUGAACUAAACCCCAAAAUUUCAGACUUUGGGAUAGCAAGAAGUUUUGGGAGAGAUCAAAUUGAAGACAAAACAAAGCGAGUAAUCGGAACAUAUGGUUACAUGUCGCCGGAGUAUGCCAUUGAUGGAAAAUUUUCAGUAAAAUCUGAUGUGUUUAGUUUAGGUGUGCUUUUAUUGGAGAUAGUGAGCGGCAAGAAGAACAGGAAAUUUCAUCAUCCUGAUCACUAUCAUUCGCUUUUGGGACAUGCUUGGUUGCUGUGGAAUGAUCACAGAGCCCUGGAACUAGUGGAUUCAUGUUUGAAAAAUUCAUACAUUGAAUCUCAGGUACAAAGAUGUAUUCAAGUGGGACUACUAUGUGUUCAAAAACUGCCAAUAGACAGACCUUCCAUGUCAUCAGUAGUUUUCAUGUUGGGUAAUGAGGGAGUGGCAUUGCCUGAACCCAAACAGCCUGGUUUCUUUGUAGAAAGAAGUUCUAUGGAUGCAGAGACAUCAACAGGUGAGAGCAGUCAUACUGGAAAUUCCUUGACAAUAACAAUAAUGGAAGCCAGAUAGAAGUAGCACCUUUUUCAUACUGCUGUAGUGAUGGAGUUUAUGCAUAUCAAGGAAAAAAGAAGAAGAUUGUAGUUUGUUAUCUCAUUAAUCGUAUAACAUCAUCUGCGUUACAAGGGAAUUCUCCCCAUUCCAUUCUAUUUUCUGAUUAAGUCCAGUUCACUCUUAA